AUUGAAGAAUAGUCGAUCUCUGGCGUCCGACGACAUACCACCAGGAUGAGGCCCAGUCUACCACUCAGAGUGCUUCCCAAAUCAAGCUACUAUGACAAGCACUACCGGCAGUCUCCCGCGAUGAUACGGGCGCGACAGACUUAUCUGGUGCGCAACAUCGUCUCUGGAGUCGGCCUGGGUAUCUUUGUCAUUGCUGUCUAUGCGUUCACGAUCAAGGCCGUCUCGCAAGAUGAAUUUAGCGACGUCGUUGUACCUGAAAAGCCCCGGUCAGCGGCAGCUGCACCGCAUUCGGAACCACCAAAGUCGAUGGGCACUCAGACGGUCGCAAAAUGAACAAGAGGAGAUGCUCGAGGGAUGUUAGUGACGGGGUAAAUCGGCAACGUGUACAUUAUCAUGAGACUAAGGAGUCGCAUCUACCGGCGCAUUGGCAUAAUCAACACCUUAACAGUUGAUAAGGAUCAGAACAUCCAGAAGGACAUAUUGUCAAACACACGUACCGCAGUACUAGGUCUUACAG